UGCAGAUGCAAAUGUGCACUGAAGCAUUACCGUUAUAGUUCGGAGUCUGUUGGGAUUGAUGAAACAGUUACUGUAGGAAGAUGAACUUUGAGGCAAAGCGAUGUGGGGUGCAGUUUAGUCCUCCAUCGAUAGUUUUAAUUUAUGAAAACAAGUCAACCAAUAAGCUUCGGAAGAGAAUCAUACCCGUACGGAAAUACUCAAAGGAUUCAGCAGACUACAGGAAGGCAGCCGAAACACUGAAGAAUCAUCCUCGCCAUAGGGACUACCUCCAGAGUGUAUCUCAGAGCCAGCUAGAGAGACUGCACAUCAUCUUACGGGACCACAUGCAGGGUUUAAGUCUGGAACAAAGUCUCGCCUCUUUUCGGUUAGACCCGGAGCAAGAUCUCAACAAACUGGAUGACGACGAAUUGGCCCGAAAGAAGGGGAAAAUGGAUGAACUCUUUGAGAAGAAUAGAAAAAGAAAAGAUGAUCCUGACUUUGUUUAUGACGUGGAGGUCGAGUUUUCAGCAAACAACCAAGAAAAGUGCAGCUGGGAUGAGGAGUCAGACGAUGGAUUUUAA